AUGGUAAGGCCGGCGGCAUCGCGAGAGAACAAGAACUUCGCUCCCAAGUUCGCCAUGGCUAUCACUACCUCCACUCCGGUUCUGAACGACAUGGUGGCUCGCAGCGGCCCCUUCUCUCUCUACUCCUGUCUCUGCGAGUGCUGCCCUUCUGCCGUGCGCUUGCACACAGGAGGAGUGAAGGAUGGGCUGAGCGAGACCGAGUUCAACAAGGCGCUGCAGGCUGCUGGGUUCGAGAGGGAAAGGGACAGAAGAGGAAAGGCCCUCAACAAGCUCGAUGACCCGCUGGGCGCUGGCAUGUACCUGUUCAGCUAUCGCAGGUGGAGGAACCCUAGUGAUCCUGGGGACAGGGCAGCGCUGGAAGAUGCUCACGACGAGCUCUGUGCUCAGUUCCCGUCGAACAUGCAGCACUGUGAUCUUGACAGGUUCCUCAAGGUUGUAUCCUCCUUCUGCGAAGUAUGGGCUCCCAACGCUGGCAGAGCGAAGAAGAGGCCCAGGAGCACAUGGAAGCUGUCAGGACAGGAGGAGGUUAUCUCCCCAGUCAACCAUGACGUUUCCUCGCCUGGUUCGUGCGCGUCGCCAUGCGUCUCCCCUCCUAGCAACAAGGUGCAAGAGAGCAGCAGGAUACUUGAGGAGUGCAGGAGCGAACAAGGUGCCAGGGACUGCUUCCGGCGGACAACGUCGAGCGGGGACCGCUACAGGUCAGGAGGAGAUUCGGAGCACAUCAGGCUGCCUUCCGUCGCAUCCCUCGUUCUCAACUCGAACCCCUCCAGCCCUCUUGCUGGCUCGGAGUGCUCUAGCCCGCUCGCGCGUCUCACGCAGCAGGCGAGGGAUCCUCUAUCUCUUCAGAACCAGAUCAAUCUUGAGCUGCUCAGCCUCUACAGCAGCGGUAGCAGCUCGCUGAGUUCCCCCACCAGCUCCGUCCCCCCGAGCAUCAGCGUGGUAAAGAUCCCCUGCGGAUUCAGCGGUUCUUCCUCCUUGGGCUACAAUCCGUCUCCGCUUUCACUGCAGACACUGGCUGGGUUGCUCGCCAAGCACCAGGUACCGCAGGGCAUCCAGCCCUAUGAGCCGCACCUCCUGUCUAACGGCCUGAUCCUCCCCAAGCUCAACCUGCUGCAGGGGCAGGGGCGCUAG